AUGAGUCCACGGCGAGACAUGGGGCCGCUCCGGUGCGUGGGACUCACCGCGUUUCUCCUGUGCACAGUGGUGGAAAGCAAGGUGAUCCUGGAGGGCCUGCAGAGGUAUGGCCCCACACCAAUAUACCUCCCUGUCAGCUACCAGAUCCUCAAUGCAGACUCAGCAUUCUUCCUACAGGAGGCAAACCAGGACUUAAUGAGGAACUCAAGCCUGCAGGCUCGCACCGAGUCCUUCUUCAUCCACCAGGCCCGGCAGAUGCCCUUUGUCAAUGCCAGCUACGGGCCGCUGUCUGUCCAGCAGCCUGUCCCUCUGGAGCUGCUGCAGACCGCUACGGGGCCAUUUAACACCCCCCCCUUCGCGACAUCAUCAGCGCCGACGUCGGCAUCGUCGUCGGCAUCGUCGUCGCCUCUCUUCACAUUCAACUGGAAGGUCCACACCUAUAUUAUCAGCAAGCGGAUUCACCCCAGUUGGCCAAAGGUUCAGGUGCUGUUCUACAUUGCAGGGAGGGACUGGGAUGAUUACAGCGCCAUACACAAGCUGCCCUGCGUCCAGAUGUUCGCCUUCCACGAGACUCAAGAAGUGCGUGGGACAUGCAGGCUAAAAGGCGAGCUGGGGAUAUGUGUUGCCGAGCUGGAGCCCCUCGCCAGCUGGUUCAGCCUGCCCACCGUCAGACCGGGUAGGCAGAGGGUCUCUGAGCAGGCCCAGGGCACUCCUGUGGAGCUCUACUACAUGGUUCAAACCACGGACAGCGGAGACUGCAGCUCGGCGGAUUCAAGAAAGGGCAGCUCCGUUCACCCAGACCAGCAGAAGCCGAUGGGCUAUUUCGCAGGGCACACACCGAUGCAGCGCAUUGGGAGCGUCAGGCUGUUUCAGCCGCUGUCGGAGCUAAAGCUGGACAAUAACUUUGUGGUGAUGGCACCCUCCAAACCUAUCCGGCAGAGAGAGACACUGUCGACUUUUCUGGCUCUGUCCACGCUUUCUUCAGUGCCAAUUUUCACCCUCAGGGUCAAGCUGAAGGAUGGGGUGGUGUUUCUGGGAGCGAGAGCGAGUAACCCUGUUGUGUGGACCGUGAGCCAGGAUGUCAGAAGUGAAGGUCACAGGCUUGUGACCCUCCACUGUCGGAGGAAGGAGAACAGUUUCAGUCAAAGGGCCGAGGCACCAGGGUACCAGCGAGUGCUACAGGUGGACCUGGAGGUGAACGGGCUCAUGGUGACUCAGGCGGGGAGGGAGGUGACGUGGCAGGUUGAGUAUCCGCUCACCCGUACCCUGACCAGUGAGGUGCCAACUCUCAUCCGCCUGGCACAGCAGGACCUGGGUGGCAUCGUGCCACUAGCCAUGGACACUGAGAUCCUCAACACAGCCGUCCUCAACGGGCGAACAGUUGCCGUGCCAGUGAAAGUGGUCACCGUGGGAACAGACGGAACCGUCUCUGAUGUAACGGAGUCCGUGGAAUGCAAGUCAGCAGACGAACAGGUUAUCAAGGUGUCAGAGCGGUGCGACUACGUGUAUGUCAACGGGAAGGAGACGAGAGGGAAGAGCAGGGCGAUGCUUAACUUUACCUACAGUUUCCUGAGUGCGCAGCUAGAGAUGAGCGUGUGGAUGCCUCGCCUGCCCUUGCUCAUCGAUGUGGCCGACCCCGAGCUCAGCCAGAUAAAGGGCUGGAGGGUCCCCGUUAGUAUGGGGAACAGGAGGUACGAGAGGGUCACCGAUGAAAAGGAUGAAGACGAUGCCGGAGGCGAGAGGAAGGAGAGCGGCUGCGUUGCCCAGUAUCAGAGCACCACCCUCCGUGUCCUCACACACUUUGUGGCAGAUACGGGAGAAGUUAGAGGAGCCGGGGACGAGGACGGCCUGGGCCAGCAGAGCUUCCUGCUGGGUAGUGACUGGCAGGUGGAGGUGACACAAUUGGUCAAGGACUUUCUGAGGGUGGAGGUCCCGAAGGUUGCACAACUGCUGGAGGGCCAAGUUCUUAUAGGAGUGAGCGCUGGAAUCACCAAACUACAGGUGCUGUCCCCUCUGACAUCAUCGGUCCUGGCUGAGAGGAGCAUCCGGGUGGUGGAUGAUAAAGUGAGCGUGACGGAGCUGGGGGUGCAGUUGGUAUCCAGGCUCUCUCUGUCCCUGCAGCUCAGCCCAGGGAGCAACAGGGCCAUCGUUGCCACUGCAACCACACAGGGAGUCUUUGAAUCCCUCAAACAGGAGUCGCUUAUCAGCGCUUGGCUCCAGUUCAGUGAUGGAACCAUGACUGCUCUAGACAACUACAACCCUGCCCAUUUUACCCUGACAGCCACUUCAUUGAAUGAACAGGUGGUGAAGGUGAAGCGCAGUGGAGCAUGGAAAUGGCCAAUCAUUGUUGCCAAGGGGGAGGGUCAGGGUUUGCUUGUGCGUGUUGAAAUGAGCCCAUCGGAGGUGUGCCAGAAGGGGAAACGACGCACGAUCUUAGCCACUGGAAUGGCAAACAUACAGACACGGUUUGGUCAGCCAGAGGAGCAUUACAGGCAACCAGGAGACCGGCGAACACGUCCUGAUCCUCCAUAUUAUGGCGGGUCUAUCGCUGACGUAGAAACUGGGUUAAUCAACCGUGGAGCCACUACAAUUAGGGGCCAUGUCCCAGUGAGACCUAAUGGAGGCCGUCUAUCAGCGGACAGCGGGGCCAGGGUCCCAAAUGAAUUCUCUGAAUACCCAGGCCAGGCGGAUCUGCCUCGUAGCCGCAGUACCGAUGACGACUUGUUGCCAUCCCGACGAGGCCUGACAGACCUGGAGAUUGGUAUGUAUGCCCUGCUGGGAGUCUUCUGCCUGGCCAUCCUGGUUUUUCUCAUUAACUGCAUCUCUUAUGCAUACAAGUACCGUAGCAAGCAGUUGUCCCUGGAGGCCCCAGAGGCAAUGCCCCAUGCCCACGACUGGGUUUGGCUGGGCCAAGACGAGGGGCUAUGUAUGCAGCAACAGCAGCAGGACGAGCUGGGCGGUGCCCUCGAGGAAGGGAGUCAGUUACUGAACGGGGUCAUUCAACGUGGAAAUAUUGCUGUUGGAGGCUGUAGUUCGAGUGGGAGGGAUCACCGGAAUGAGUCCCUUAACUCACCCACCACCAAGAGAAAGAGGGUGAAGUUCACGACCUUUUCCAAUGUCAAGUCCAGUAAUGGAUGUCCUGUGCUCAGCCCAUUAGCACUGGUGCAGACCAGUGAGAUCAAAUGGGUAUGUCCGGACAUCGAGCUUGGGGACUCACAGAAUCUUAGGAACUACAUGGAAAGGCUUAAUGAGAAUGCAAUUAAGAACACUGCGUAGGAGGUGUUGGGUAUUGUCAAUGAACUAAAGAGAAACUCACCUGAAUGCCUUCAGAAUAAGGAGGGAACGAGGGUUGGAGGGGGAAAGGAAAAAAGGAAAACAGACUGGGACUGCUGAUGAACCACUUCUCACCGUGACAGCAGGAUAGUCCGUUCAGCCUCUGUUAUUUCCAUUACUCGGAGAGUGUUCGGCAACGGACCACAACAAGACAUCAUUUGCCAAGACACCACAGCAUAGGUAUGAAGGAGAAAAUGUGAACUUGAUAUUGUUGCUUAACUUUAAUGUAUGUUGUUUGUCUCUAAUUGAGGUUCAGUCUCCUUUUCAAUGCACCAUCUACUUUGCUUUACGUUUUCUUUAUUAAUUAAUCAUAUUUUAUUGUAUUUGUUGUACUUAUUUGCACUUUGUUGCUUUUUAUAAGAGUUGCUGUAUGCUCUGUACCACAUGUGAGCAAAUAUAGAUUAUAGGAGAGCAGAGUUUAAAGCAAUUUUGUAUUGUUGUAUAGUUUGACUUGGAGGUAUUGUAUGUAUAGUAACAUUUUGUAAAGUGCCGUUUGGUUUCGGUUUAGUUUUGUUUUUAGCUAAGUUUUUGUUUUGUCUUCAGAAACCAGAUCCAUGCAUGAUGUAAUUAAGAGGAGGCAUGUAUGUCUGAUCUGGUACCUGAAAUGACAGUGUGUAGAUAACUAAUACCAAUACCUCUGGAGACAUGUCUGUUUAAUAUUAUUACAUUCAUUUAUCCUGGAGAUGAGCUUUGGGUUGGUUUCAGUAUGUGGAUAUUGGUUUAAGAAUUUCCGUUAGCCUGUACAUUUGAACCCUCCUUAUGCCCGCUUUUAUUUAGUUGCAUACUUCACAUGCAGCUGACUUUUUACAGUAAUUCAAAUCCUAGUAUUACAAAUCAAAAAAAUGCAUUAGUCACAUUCAACAGAAAAACACUGAUCAAGAUAAUCAACAGACAAUCACAUAAAAUCUGUCUACUUUACAGUUUGUAAGGUGGAGAUCAAUAAAUAGAGUUAAUUUCUUAAAAUACUCUGUGACAUUUUCAAUACCAGUAAAAGCAUCAUUACAGUGAGUGAACAAACUGUGAAGUGAAAGCCCAAAGUCUGACCUCUUCACUUUUUUUGACCUAAUAUGUCGGUAUUAGUCAAGUCCAUCCUUUUCUAUCUCUGUUUUAAAUUGGCUGCUGGACUAAUUAAAACUGAAGGUGACUCUUCUCCAUCAUGCUGCUGUAUGAGUCAUUGGUCUGGCUGUUGAAUUAUUCUCUUGUUCGCCUUCACACACCAGUUGUACAUCACACUCUUGUGUCACUUCUGGUUGCAAAAAAGAAAAUGUCGACAACCAAAGACAAAGAUGGCAAUGGUCAAAAUGGUGAACUACAGGCUUUAAAACGUCAUCACAGUGACAAGGUCCGCUUCUUGUAUACAGUGAAUGGUACGUAUGUUUGUCUAUCCGGUUUAUCCUCAUAAACGUCAUAUCUCAGGAAUGCAGUUGUGUACCAUAAGUAGAUGAAAAGGUUCCAGGCAACUUCACCAAAGGCCUAAAAAGUUGUUUUCCACAGGUACCAGACACGCUCCCCUUUCUAAAAGGGCAAUCUAAUUAGUUCAAUCUUAUUACAUGUUAAUGUGGCAUUUCCUGUGUAAUUUGUCUUGCACACUUCAGGUAGGUUACCUGUGAAUCUACUCAAGAUAUUAUUUGCACCCCAAUUAAAUCAAAGCCAACGACCCGUGCAUUGGAGGUCACGGGAGAGCAUAACGCACUGCUUACCUCU